AUGCGCGUGUCCCUCUGUGGCUUGUUUCUGGACCCUGAGCCCUUUGCAAGUCAAGAAGUCAAGAAGCUUGUCAAUCCUCGCGUCGACACUAGUCUGCCCACGAGGCCGCAUCUUGACGCUCUUGUUCGCCCAACUGGCGAUCAGGUUCAACUGUUUCCGCUACAAGUAGGUAGCUACCUAGUCGCGCACUUUACGGACCACAACGGACCACAAGGUGGAUUGUCCCUGCCCUGUUGCUGUUCCCACUUGUUGCCGUCCCCAUUUGGUUAUUUUGCUGCUGCUGAUGUGCCGGCCUGUACUUCCCCGACUCUUUUCCUUGCUCCACCAGCACCAGCACCCGCACCACUGCUCCUCGUUCAUGACUCUGGUGUUUUGAGACCUCCCGAGCUCUCCAUUGCUCAACCCUCCUGCACACCUCAGGUCUCGCCGAACUACACGUCUGGCCGAUCCCAGUCCUGGCUUGCACGCAGUCAACAUUCCGGCCAGUCUGGCGUCGUUAACGAGGGACUGUUGCACGCAAUGGCAGUGCAAGGUGGGGAGGAUAUCUAUGCUACGCUUCUCUUGAGCGAUUCAUAUCUGCCCGGAGCUCUGGUCCUCGCCCACUCUUUACGCGAUGCGGGCACGACCAAGAAGCUGGCCGUUCUGGUCACCCUCGACAGCGUUUCGGCCGAGGUCAUAACACAGCUCAAGGCUGUCUACGAUUACAUCCUCCCCGUCAACCGGAUCCAGAAUCCGAACCCGGCGAACCUGUACCUCAUGAACCGUGGGGAUCUCCACUCGGCCUUCACCAAGAUCAAUCUCUGGAAACUGCUUCAGUUUCGCAAGAUCGUAUACAUCGACGCCGACGUUGUCGCCUACCGGGCUCCCGACGAGCUCUUUGAGCUGCCCCACGCCUUCGCAGCUGCGCCGGAUAUCGGCUGGCCUGACCUCUUCAACACGGGCGUCAUGGUGCUCACCCCGAACAUGGGCGACUACUACGCCAUGAUGGCCAUGGCCGAACGCGGCAUCUCUUUCGACGGCGCAGAUCAGGGCCUGCUGAAUAUGCACUUCAAGCACGACCACCACCGGCUUUCCUUCACAUACAACGUCACGCCGUCUGCUCACUACCAGUACAUCCCAGCCUACAGGCACUUCCAGUCCAGUGUCAACAUGGUCCACUUCAUUGGCGCCGACAAGCCGUGGAAGCAAGGGCGAGAAGCCAAUACUGGCAGCUCUCCGUUCAAUGAGAUGGUUGGAAGAUGGUGGGCUGUCUAUGACCGGCACUAUCGCAAAGAAACACCAACCGAACCAGCUUCUUCGGGGCAGGCCCAGCCAUCUCCGGAACUGGUGCAAUAUUUCGUCAAAGGCGAAUAUCAUCCAACAGUACCCUACGUCGUACCAACCGGCGAACCACCACGACCGCCGGCGACCGCACCAUCCCACGGUCAGCAUUACCACCACCACCACCCACCGCCGCCCUCGCAUAGUCAAGAUCAUCACCACCAUCAUCAAGAACAUCAUCAUGAAGAACAUCAUCAUGAAGAUCAGCACCACCACCAUCACAACGCGCACCCUCCCAGCGAGCCACCCUCCCAGCAGUCUUUGCCGUCGUUUGCGUCGUUCUCCCACCCCAGCGAGUCUUUUACUACCGUCGAGGCUUCAAAUACUGAGGCUCGCGAAGAGCAGGUUUCGGAGCCCCACCGGGGGGCUCCUCGACAACCGUCACCCGAGCCUCCCCAACCACCUCCACAGCCUAGUUGGGACGCGCAAUGGCAACCUCCGCCAGCGAACUCCAAGCCGGAGGCUAUAAACUUCCCGCAGACUCAUUACGAGAUGUCUUCUGACGUCACGCACUUUGUCGCUCCAGAGAGGUAUCCAAGCCCCCCAAAGAACAUGUGGUACGAAGUCCCCAAGGACCCGCCAGCGCCUCCUCGACAGAAACCGGCGGCGAUCUUCCCUUGGGAGCGUCAUCAGACUCGAGCCUCGCGCGUGUUCCUCAGCGACGAGCCUGAAGUCGAGCAUGUGCCCGAGGGAUCGACGACCGAGACUACGGGUCAGUCCAGCGCCUCUUUCGGCGUGCGAGCGCCAGCUGAACAGUCCGUGACAGAAACAUCAUCUGCGGAGCAAAAGAGCGAACCAGUAACGCCCACCACUCCUACCAUCCACGUCACUCCCUCAGAUCCAUGGUCUUCUUUCACGCGCUCGAAUGCGUGGGAUGACGUGCCUGCCAUUGAGCGGUACGUUGAUUCUCUGCAGAAGCAUCGGCGCGGAAAGAGCCUAGGCACCCCUGUGAAACUGGGUGGAGUUGGUGCAGGCCGAAGAGGCCCAGAUGCUCUUGAAGAAGCCAUCAAGAGGCGUGGCUCCAAGGUCACCGACUUCCCCAGCGAGGUCGAGAGACCGAGUCUUCCCGUCACACCGGCGCCCGUUCGCCGGCCGAAGUUCUGGGGUGGUGGUGCCUCAGGCUUCGGAGAUGACGAAGACGAAGACGAUCAGCUGCUUCCGGCCGCGGAGGGCGUGCCGAGGCAGACUGACUGGGAUCCAAGCCAGCAGCUGGAGAAGCUGAAGCAGCAGCAUGAGAUAUUGCUGCAGAAACUGGGCAGCCCAACGCAGGAGGAGAGUCGUAAGGAUAUUCCCACACGGUCGCUGCCUUUUGGGUCCGAGGGUGUGAGGUCUCCGACGUAUGUAGCACAUACAUCUGAUGUGCUCAGUCCCAAGCCUGUAAAGCCGAGCUCUGGAACGAGCCCGGUGCAGCAGAUUCUUGCUGAGCAGCAGGAGAUUAGCUCUGGACCGGGAGGGCCGAUGAGAUCGUCUGUCCCGGAGCCGAGCUACCACGGACCUGGCGCAGCCUGGGAGAGGGAUGAAGACGUGCCACUGCACCAGCUGACCCCUGCACCACCGACUGAAGAGGAACGAGACGUGUUGGACACGUAG